UUUCCUCCCACUACCACCCAAAAAGAGUCUUCUAUCUCUUUACAGGUUUAAUUUUCAUUGUACAAAACAGGAACCUGUCGCCAAGAGUCAAAAAGGGGAAAUUUUUUUACGAAGCUCCGAAAAUCAUCAUGGCCAACGGUACGAUACAACAGAAGGACACUACCUUUACCAAAAUAUUUGUCGGAGGUCUUCCAUAUCACACGUCGGACAAAUCACUGCGGGAGUUUUUCGAUCAGUUUGGAGAGAUAGAAGAAGCAGUUGUCAUUACGGAUAGACAGACGGGGAAAAGUCGCGGCUAUGGAUUUGUAACAAUGGCAACUAAGGAGUCAGCGGAACGAGCUUGCAAGGAUCCUAAUCCUAUUAUAGACGGCAGAAAAGCCAAUGUAAAUUUGGCUUAUUUAGGUGCUAAACCAAGAGGAAUACAGACAGCUUCUUCCAUUUUCCGAGCGGUAUAA